GUGACGGUCGCCCAGAAUUUGUCGGAACGAGUGACAGUGAGAAGCAUCCAGCAUGCUGAGUUGGAACAGAAAGUAAAUCGCCUAUCCGAAAUGGUGGAGCAGCUGUUGUCGAUAGAGUCUUCAAGCACCCCUUCACAACGCAAUGUACGGGUAAGCCGGAACGGUCGCCGCUGUUUCCGAUGCAACCAGAGUGGUCAUGUGGCGAGAUUCUGCACCAACGUCAAGGUGCCCCAUUGUUUCUCUCUAUCCAUGCCGAGUCGGUGGCGAGUACCAGUCUUCCAGGUAACUAUAGAAGGUGUGUCUGUCCGAGCCAUAGUAGACACAGGAGCGGCAGUGUCAAUUACGAAGAGGUUCAACGGGGUUCCAGUAAACCCAUCUUCAAUCACGAUGCAGACGGUCGGCAGGCAUUCUUUGAAAGUGACGGGCACGCAGCGGUUACGAAUCAGGAUAGGAGAAACGCUCAUCCGCCAUGACAUGUUCAUCGUGGAGGAGACGACCGAAACCAUCCUCGGAACCGACAUCCUGAAUCGGCUCGGCCUCGGUCCUGUGGGCUGCGCUAGCGGCGUAUAUGUCUGAUUUAUUGCGCUGUCC